AUGGGCACCAACACCAUCUCGCACAUCAAAGCCUCCCUCUUCAGCGCGCCUGCAGGUACCAUCCUCGUGCACGCAUGCAACACGCACGGUGCAUGGGGCAGCGGGAUCGCACUUGCGUUCCGCGAUAUCUAUCCGGCGGCGUACGGCGUGUACCGCGCGCACUGCCAGGCGCACGGGGAGUCGCUCGUCGGGACGUGUCUGCUGAUUCCGGGAGACGACGCGCAUGAUAUCGCGUGCCUGUUCACAUCGCGCGCGUAUGGGCGCCGGAAGGAUGCGCCGGCGCAGAUUCUGGCUGCGACAAGGGCGGCGGUGAUGGAUUUGCUGGAAAAGAAUGUGUCGAAUAAGCCGUUGCAUGCUUGUCGGUUCAACUCUGGCAAAUUUGGUGUUCCAUGGCAAGAGACUGAGGCUGUUUUGAAAGAUUUAAAAGUUACUAUGACGGUAUACUCCACGGAUUGA